AUGACAGCAACUCAUGUGCCGAUGGCGGGAAACAAACGUUCUGAAGCUCAAAAGUUUGCCAUUGACCUUCUAAUCGGCGGAGUUUCGGCGUCAGUGUCAAAAACCGCCGUGGCACCCAUUGAACGGGUCAAAAUUCUGCUCCAGGUGCCAAAAAACCAAAAAAUGCAAGAAAAAAAAAUAAUUUCGCCGAUUUCAGGUCCAAUACUCUCACAAGGAUAUUCCGGCGGAUAGGCGAUACAACGGCAUCAUCGACGCGUUCGUUCGCGUGCCAAAAGAGCAGGGAUUUCGGUCGUUUUGGCGCGGAAAUCUUACAAAUGUGAUCAGAUAUUUUCCGACACAAGCGUUCAAUUUCGCCUUCAACGACUUGUAUAAAUCGAUUCUUCUGAAGAAUAUCAAACGCGAAAAUGUAAGAUUUCCAAGAAAAUCCGUCAAAAACCUUCAAAAAUUCGAAUUUCCUUCAGAACGUGCUCUCCUACAGUGUUCGGACGUUGGUUUCGGGCGGUCUGGCCGGCUGUUCGUCGCUUUGCAUCGUCUACCCGUUGGAUUUCAUUCGAACGCGCCUUUCAGCCGAUAUUAGCCAUCACGCAAAUCGAGAAUACAAAGUUUGACAGCUAAAAUAUAUAUACCAAUACCGGAAAUUUGAAAUUCUUUAGGGUCUCGUGGAUUGUACGAUGAAAACAGUGCGAAAUGAGGGAGUCGCCGCGCUUUACAGAGGAUUUUCCAUUUCUUUGCAGGUUUUUCGGGAUUUCCCAGCAAAAUCUGCAUAAAAACAAAACUCAGACGUAUUUCAUCUACCGAUCAGUGUAUUUUGGAUUGUACGAUGCAAUCCGACAGACGAUACACACGGAUAAAAAGAAGUUGCCAUUUUAUGCAUCUUUUUGCAUUGCACAGGUUAGAAAAUAAAAAAUUCAAUAAGUAAUGAUUUUCAAAAUUUGCAGGGAGUAACAGUACUUUCGUCGUAUUUGACGUAUCCGUGGGACACAGUUCGACGCCGAAUGAUGGUAAAAGGACAGCUGAGCACAUCGAAAGCGUUGGCGGCGGCGCGGAAAAUCGUGCACGAGGAAGGCGUACGCGGACUGUACAAGGGCGCCUUGGCCAACAUUUUUAGGUAAUUGAAACUUUGCAUUUCUGAAAUUUUUUCAAUUUUCAGAAGCGCCGGCGGAGCACUAGUCAUGGCAAUUUACGAGGAGAUUCACAAGCAUCUAUAG